AUGUGGAAGAAGAUUCCUUCCCCCAAGUGGAUUGCUGUGGGUCUGGUAGUUACUGCCGGUGGUUCGGGGAUUGCAUAUGACAAGUAUGAGCAGUCUCAGAUUAGAUCCAAAUACAUGGAUUAUGUGAGUGAGGGCAGUCAUGCGCCUUUAGAUACAAAUCUAAGACCCAGGAAGCUUUUAGUUAUCGUAGCUCCUCCUCCUAAUGAUUAUUUGGACACUUCGUUGAAGUUGUGGAGACGGUGGGUCAAACCAAUUCUUUACUCGAGUGGGUUGGAUUAUGAGGUUGUCACAGGGACUAAACAAGGUGAGAUUAGAACAGAAAUUGCCCAGCGUGUGCGUGAUAUACGUUCUAGACUAAUAGAGCAGAGGAAAGAGGAGUUGAAGCAGGAGGAAGAAAAGAAAAACAAGAAAUGGUGGUUCAACUGGAGAAGCUCCACAAAAACAGCUGCAAAGGACGAAAUAGCUGAAGCAGAUGAAUCUGCCGUUAAAAAUCCACCGAAGUUUGAUACACGGUCUGUACUUGGUAUUUUUUAUCAUAACGAGCCAAAACAAGUGGUUACAGAAGAUUCACUAGUGGAUCCUUCAGUUGCUGGUGGUGUCAUUUGUAUUGGUAGAGGUGCAUACAAGGAGUACAUUGAUGGUGUUCACGAAGGUGUUUUAGGCCCAUUGGAAGCACCAGUAGAAAAGCCCAGUGAAGAAACUGUUCCUGCUGAAAGUGUACCAACUACAGUGGAACAACAUACCAACGUUUCUGAUGAUGCUCCGAUCGUAAAACCUUUGGAAUCCGAAAUACCCAAAUCUCUGGAAGAAAAUUCUUCAAAGGAAGAUGACCAGGCAGUCAAACCAGAAGCUGAAGAAGAAGCCACGUCUGAUUCUAACUCCAACUCCGACUCCAACUCCAAUGCAGAAAAAACGGCGGAAAAUAAGGAUUCUCAACCGUUGAUUGUUAAACCCUUUAUCAAGCCUUCUGAGUAUGAGAAUGCAACUAUACCCCAAGAACUUACUAGUAAACUUGUCAUAGAUCCAGGAACUGGCGCACCAGCGUUCUUCCAACAGCCUCUACUGGUGCUUGCAGUUCCAAACUUAAGUGGCUUCACAACAAUCCCAUCGCGUAUAUCCAGAUUCUACCAGAAAAGAUUCAAUUGUGAACAAGUCUCUCAUGCUACGCUAGCAAUGGUGGAAUCAAAGUCAAGACCAUUUACCGAAACUGACCUAGAUCUAGCUGCUUAUGAAGAACUCGAUUGGCCGAAGAACUGGGUCGAAGAAGGUAAAAAGCGUGGAAGUGAAUGGGUGCAACCUUUGAAAGGUGACCCAAGGAUUAUGGAAAAACUUCGCGUUAUUGAACCGGCCAUGGUAUCACCUAUCUCUCAGCAGAUUGAAUCAGAACCUGAAUCUUCCUAA